AUGCCAGGACGCCUUGCAGGAAAAGUUGCCAUCGUCACCGGUGCAGCCUCUGGCUUUGGCAAGGGAAUCGCAGCCAAGUUUGUUGAAGAAGGUGCGAAGGUCAUAAUCGCCGACUUGUCUGAAGAUGCUGGUCUGAAAGCGGCCGAAGAUCUCAAAUGCACAUUCUUUAAGGCAGAUGUGACCAGUAGAGAUCACUGGCAGUCCCUUUUAAACGAGACACUCAACAAGUACGGCAGCCUUGACAUUGUGAUCAACAAUGCCGGAGCUACAUACGCCAACAAGCCUACGGGCUCAGUUACAGACAAAGAUUUCGACUUGGUAUGGAACGUAAACGUGAAGUCAGUCUAUCUUUCGUCUAAUGUGAUUGUACCGUACUUUAUCGACAACAACCGGCCGGGCGUAUUCAUUCAAAUCAGUUCUACCGCUGCACUACGUCCUCGUCCAGGACUCACAUGGUACAAUGCGUCUAAGGGUGCUGUUAGCAUUGCGACAAAAACAAUGGCAGUCGAGUAUGGACCUAAUCAGAUUCGGUUCAACUCUAUUUGUCCGGUGGUGGGAAGUACUGGCAUGACCCAUCUCUUCAUAGGAAAGCCUGAUACAGAGGAUAACCGCUCAUCAUUUGUAUCAACCAUCCCACUUGGCCGACCAUCAACUCCGGCUGAUGUAGCGAACGCGUGUUGUUAUUUGGCCAGUGACGAAGCCUCCUUCAUAACUGGGGUUGACCUCGAAGUUGAUGGUGGACGUUGUGUUUGA